UCAUGCUGCUGGGUCCAAAUCUGUGUCCCUGCUAGCCUUCUUGCCAUAUCCCUGGACAGUAAACUCACACAUUCUGCUCCUGUCAGCAGUGAUGCCUUCAACCCUCAUGUAACACAGGAAGUAGCACAUGUCCACCCACUGCACAAAGGGUUUGAUGAUGCCAGUGAGCAUUCCACUCUGCAGUUCAACAGGAUUGAGCAUGUCUACAGGGGUAUAGUGUGUCCCAGUGACAUUGUCCUCAACACACUUGUAAAAGUGGCUCUGGAUGACCAUGCACAGGGUGGUGCCCAGCCUCUGGUACUUGUGGAAGACCCUCAU